GACGCGAUGACGCGCUGACGCCGGGGCCAGGAAGUUAACGACGGCCGUCGGCGCUGGGCGACUCGCUGGCUCCGGUUUUCGCUUCGGCCGUUGCUUGCCGGUGGCAGGCAUGCGCUGCGAUUACUGAGGCCGUUCGCGGUACUGUGCUUCACCCCUUGAACCCAUUACUAAAGAACGGGAGGAAAUGGCAACGGACAAAGCAGUGUGAGGUGGCUUUCAGAAAGCCAGCAAAGUGAAAUGCUGAAUAUUUUUGGAAUUCGAAAGAACACCGAGUCAUCCAAAAACACCACAAUCCAUGAGAAAGAAGUAGAUGGAUUUAUUAUUGUAGGAGAAACAGCAAAUGAAAGGGAAACAGUGCAGGCUCCUGAGCCAGGAAAUCAAGCAACAAGCGCAUGCUACCAAGAAAGUCAGGGUCAAAAAGAAAAUUUAUAUCCAGUAUAUACAGAUGAAACAUCUUCUGCUGACCAGAUGAACCAAACAGUCAAGGGUUUUCAUCUAAAUGUGGAUCUCCUCAGUGAUGUGCCUUUCACUCUCGCCCCUCAUAUUCUAGCAAUUCAUGGGAGUUUUCAAGACCUUCCAGCCAACUUACUGAAGAACAUGAAUGAAAACUUGGCAAGAUUUGGAUAUGAUUUUACUCUUGAAAAUUCUGUAAUUAGUAAUUCCUAAAAGAUGAAUGUUGCUAUGUUGACUGAAGUAUGUACCAUCCUAAGUAUUGAAGUAAAACAUCAUUGUUGAUGUGUUUUGUAAUUUGCUAUAUUAAUAAUUUUCAAUAUGUCACUGGCAUUGUCCCCUCUUGUGAUUCAUCUGGAACACUGCAAAUGCUUGCAUGAAAAUCUUAAAACUUUCUGACUUAAUUUAAUGAAUUGCAUUUACUUGGGAAAUAACCUGGCUAAUCACAAAGGACAGGCCACACUUUCCUUAAGAUUGGAAGCAUAGUGUCUGGGAAGGGGCAAAUAUUGAGGAAGGGGAAAUGGAAAUGGUCCUGCUGAAAAUGUUUUGUGCUAACUUUUAGUUUUGUAGACCAGGCCAUUGUGCUGGAAAUUCCCAUCUCUGCCAGUAGGGUGCAUCAGAGACUUGAAUCUUGCCCUUACAAUAGGGAGUCCAAAUAAAGAUGAUAGUCUUUGGAAGACUGAGGUAGAUUUCCACCUCUUAAGUGUUUUGACAUGUAGAAAAAAUUGUGAAUUGUGAGAUGAUAAAAGAAAUCAGAUUAUUAACUAUUGGUCAUUGUCAUAUACUAAAUUAUAUUAUACACAUUUGUAAGAAAGUGCGUGGUUUUUUGGCAACUUUUCACUUAAGUCCUUUUAUUGGUUUGACAAUUUAUGUGGUUGUCUAAUAGUCCAGAAUAAUUAAUCCAAUUAAAUAGAUCCUCCAUUUUGUCAAUAUCUAAACACAAAAUUGCAAUAGUGGUGGUGGAUGUUAAUUUUAAAUUUUAAAAAAAUACACAUGCUUUUGCAGCAGUUGAAUGUACGUUGCAACCAUAUUACACGGAAUCUAAAUGUAGUUUCACAUGAAAUUUUGGUGUCCUAAUAAAGUGUCUCUUUAUUAAAAUGGAA